AUGGCUUGUGACAAUGUGGUCAACUUUGAGGUGGUCCUCGCAGAUGGCUCUGCAGUAGACGCAAACGCCACACACCACGAAGAUCUUUACAAGGCUUUGAAAGGUGGGGGUAACAAUUUUGGUCUCGUCACGAGCUUCACUAUGCGCACUUACCCCAUCUACAAAGUCUGGGGAGGAGUGAAGAUGUAUGGCCGCGAGCAGAUUCCAGCACUAUACAAGGCAUUAGCUAUGUAUCAGGCCCAGCCGAAGAAAGAUCCAUAUGCGAACCUAAUGCUUCAACCUUUCGGUACCAAUGAAAGCCUAGGUGCGAUGCUGAAUAUGGUUUACCUCAAACCUGAGGAGUCACCGGCCGCUUUUGACUCCUUCUAUGAUAUUCCCACAGUAUCAGAUGCAACAAAACUGCAGACCCUCAACGACAUGAUCAGCGGCCAAGUUGUGCCUAACCUUCCACGAUGGGACUGGCACUCUACGAGCUUCACUCCAUCCGCUGAAAUCUACGAGAAGAUCAACUCAAUCAUAUGGACCGCACCUGAAGUCGCCCAACUGAAAGCGUUGACCGGUGGAACACUCGUCCUUGGAUUUCAACCAAUCUCAUCAAGCCUCGUGCAAGCAGGCCGCGACCGAGGCGGUAAUGUUUUGGGCCAUGACAAAGUGAAUCAAACCUGGUUGGUGCUUGACAUAGGUUGGUGGAGAGAAGAAGACGAUGCCACUGCUCACAAUGCAACACGCGCUCUGCUGCAGAGGAUCGAGAAAGUGACAAGGGCGAGUAAUUCGUACAUUCGUUACAUCUUCAUGAACGACGCGAGCUGGGAUCAGGCAGUCCUUGACCAAUAUGGGUCUAAUAACGUCGAACACAUGCGUCAAGUGCGGGAAAAGUAUGAUCCUUUAUAUACCUUUCACGACCUAGUUAGUGGAGGCUUCAAGCUUUCUCUAUCAUAG